AGAAAGGAACAAUGCUAUCUUUUAUCUUAUAUCGUUUGUUCUGCAGCCCUUGUGGGGUUGAAUAGACUUUCAGCUGACUAAAGCAGGAAACAUGAAAUGAAACAAAUGCUUUUAUGUUUCAGACAUUCAGACAUGGCUUUCCACAUCAGCCGACAGCGGUGGCAUUCGAUCCAAUUCAAAGGCUUCUUGCUAUUGGCACUAAAUCAGGAUCUCUUAGAAUUUUGGGCCGACCAGGUGUAGAUGCGCACGUGAAACACGAAGGAUGUACAGCGGUGAUACAAUUACAAUUUUUAAUCAAUGAGGGAGCAUUGGUUUCCGCCACUGCAGAUGACACGUUACAUCUAUGGAAUUUUCGCCAGAAAAUACCACAGGUUGUGCAGAGUCUAAAGUUCCAAAGAGAAAGAAUAACGUGCAUUCACCUACCAUUACAAAGUAAAUGGCUGUACGUUGGUACGGAACGAGGGAACAUUCAUGUACUCCAUAUCGAAACAUUUGUCCUUUCUGGAUAUGUAAUUAAUUGGAACAAGGCUAUCGAAGUAUCUAGAAAGACCCAUCCUGGUGCUGUAGUACACUUGAGUGAUAAUCCUUUAGAUUUGAGCAAGAUGCUGAUAGGAUAUGAGACGGGACAAAUAGUUUUUUGGGACUUGAAGACGAAAAAUGCAGAUUAUAGAUGCCAAAGCGACGUACCCUUAAGAUCGAUAUCUUGGCACCACGAGGGUAAACAAUUUAUGUGUAGUCACACCGAUGGCUCCCUGUCGACGUGGACGGUGCGUCAAUUAAAGCCAACGAAUGUAACGCAUCCACACGCGAAAACUACGAAAGAUGGCGAGCCAGAACCUUGUAAACCUAUACAAAAGGUUGAAUGGAAGCUCUCAAGAUCAGGGGAAGCGUACGUUAUAUUUUCCGGUGGUUUAGCGUACGACACAACUGGACGAACUCCAAGUAUAACGGUGAUACAUGGGAAAACUACCACUGUACUAGAAAUGGAGCACAAUGUGAUAGACUUUAUAACACUCUGCGAAAAUCCAUGGACCAGUGAUUAUCAAGAUCCAUACGCCGUUGUGGUUCUGUUACAAAACGACUUGGUUGUGAUAGAUUUAUUAACUCCCGGAUUUCCGUGUUUCGAAAAUCCAUAUCCAAUGGACAUACACGAAUCACCCGUCACGUGUUGCGCGUAUUUCGCGGACUGUCCAUCAGAUUUAGUGCCAGCAUUUUAUUCGGUUGGGUCGAAGUCCCAGAAAAAGACGGGGUUCAGCGAGAAGGAUUGGCCAAUAUCUGGUGGCGAAUGGAGCUCAAGCUCCAGUGGUUACAAUGAAAUUAUUUUGACUGGACACGCUGAUGGCAGUAUAAAAUUUUGGGAUGCGUCAGCAGGCACAUUGCAAGUUCUUUAUAAAUUAAAGACAGCGAAACUUUUUGAAAAAGGUAGAACGCGUAGUUUAGAUUCGGAGGAAGAUCCUUUAGCGAUACAACUCAUCUUCCUUUGCCCCGAAAGUCGGAAAUUAGCUAUUGCGGGAACUGGAAGACACGUCGUCUUAUUUAAAUUCAAAAAAGUUGAGAGUAUGUCCGAGGUAGUGACUUUGGAGAUAUCACUGACAGCUGAUCCGGUUAAGGAAGUGGAAAGUUCAUCCGAUCACGAUUCCCCGGCUGGCAAUACUUCGGGAAGUAGCGAGUCGAAAAAUAACGAAUCGAACCAAUCGCUCAAAAUUAAGACUGGUUUACAGAAGAGAGCCGCCGGUUUUCAAGCGACCUUAGUUUGCUUAACAGUUACUACUAGCGGGGAGCAAGCUGAAAAUAUAACAGCUCUCAGUUUGAAUUCUUCGUACGGUUUAAUGGCUUACGGGAACGAGUCUGGUAUAGUAAUAAUAGACAUUGUCCAGAAGAUAUCUUUGAUCGUGUUGAACACCAGCGACAUCGGCGGUAAUGUGGAUCUGUGUCAACGAGUGCUACGCAGUCCGAAACGUCAGGAUGAAUUGAAACGGGAGAACGAAGACAAAGCGAGGAGUCCUAGUACAGAUCAGACUCGUGGGGACACUGGCGCGGAAUCUGAAGGAUUAUUAGGGAUGGUGGCCGACGGUCAACAUUCUCAGAAAUGUCCGCCGCCUCGCGGCCACGAAUAUCAAACUGGGAGCAAUAACGAUAAGGGAGAAACCGCGGAGGAAUCUGUGAUUGAGAUCAAUAAAUCUGCGGUUAACGAGGAAGAGUGCGCUAAGAAUCAUCACGGUUGGAAAGGAUUCAAUCUGAAGAGGCAGCUCAGCAAGGUUGAUCUGAAAAUAAAAAGUACUUUCUCGCCGGCUUUGCUCACGUCUCAGAAUGGGGUAGGCAGUGAUACUAGCAGUCAGAAAUCUUGCGUUUUUUACUGUAACGUGAACGAAAACGCGAGUUCGUUGUCUCCAGUUGAGAGUAUCGUGUCGGAAUCAUCAUUGUCGCCUGAGGACUCGUUAUCGGAGCGUGGGGAAAGCCCGACGGGCGAGGAUACGGGGAAGAGGAAGAAUCGGGAGGAGGAAGCGAGGAAGAGGGCGGUGGUGGCGAUCGACGCCGCACAGGCAGAUAGGAACAGAUGGAUCGGGCGGGGGGAGAAAGAGGCUCCCCCCGCGGAGAGGUCGGACGGAGGUGUGGCCAGGCCUGUUAAUUUGACGUUGGCCGAGAGCCAAGAGUCGAGGCCGCCUAUAUUGAAGAAGAUCGUGAAGAUGAGGCAGGCGAAAAGGGAGGGUCGUUUGUUGUCGGUGCCGAAUUUAAAAUUUGCGAAAAAUGAUCCGGCCAUGAUUUGUGACCUAAGAUGCGAGGAAACGAACACGGCCCCCGAAUCUUUCACCUACAAUCUAAUAAGAAGAUUCAGCCGGGUAGACAAAUAUGACAGUUCGUUUCAACGGUCAAGGAGCUCGAGCAUGUCGUCGCUCGAGAAUAUCACCACCGAAACCAUCAGCUGCCUUACAUUCGCAGAUUCCUACACGAAAAAGAGCGAUACCAGCCCCGUGCCAACGCUUUGGAUCGGCACCUCUUUAGGAUCUAUACAAACGGUGAUAUUUAACACGCCAGCUCGUGGAGAACGACACGCGCAUCCAGUCGUUGUUUCUACGUGCAAUGGAUCUACGUUUAAGUUGAAAGGAUGCAUACUGUCGAUGUCAUUCUUGGAUUGUAACGGUGCCCUGAUUCCAUACUCUUACGAGUCUUGGAAAGAUGACAGUAUGGACAGCAAAGAGCGCAAUAGAAGUCAAAGUAAAUGUACGAACAGUCGAAUGUCUCCAUCGAUGAAUACGCAAGCAGGUACAGGAGACGGGUUCGAGGAUCGUCAAUUUGUCGUAUUGGCGUCGGAGAAGCAGGCGAGAGUCGUGGCAUUGCCAUCUCAAAAUUGUUUAUACAGGCAACAACUGGCCGAAACUCAUAUCGUGAUCAAAGCAGAGAUUACGACUUUAAAAGAUAACGUGUGUCUCGUUUGUUACGUUUCGAAUGGUCACAUAGCCACGUAUAGUUUGCCAAGUCUGAGGCCACUUAUAGACGUCGAUUUUCUACCGCUUAUAGAUUUGAGUUUUCAGACUACAAAACAUGGCAUUGUAGACCCCAUGUUGUCCAUAUGGGGUAAUCAACUCUUUGUUAAUGGCGAUACCGAUCAAAUUGCAAAAACGCUUUGCUUCAGCAAUAGAGGCCACGGUUUGUACCUCUCCUCGCCUACCGAGAUCCAAAAGUUUUCCGUUUCCAGUCAAUUUUGCGGCGAAUUAACCGAGAUGAUGGGAGAUCUGUUCAUCGGUCACGACAUGCCCGAACCGCCCAAAGAGAGUUUCUUCAAAGGCCUGUUCGGCGGUGGAUCGCGAAGUCUCGACAGAGAAGAAUUAUUCGGCGAAUCGAGCGGUCGAGCAUCCCGCACCGUGGCUAAGCACAUACCCGGGCCGAACGCGGGGGCCGAGAAUCUUCGCGCGUGACGACAGCCACGGGCGAGGUGAACUUGGCCCAUCAAAUGGUGCUGGAACGCGGCGAGAAGCUGUCGCAACUCGAGGA